AUGUCUGGAAAUGCAGCGAAAACGAUGUGGAUCGCAGCGGACAACCCAGAAGAGCCACCUAUCGGACUACUCGGGGAUCCAGAGCGGGAGGCGCACACUGUUUACGUUGGAAACAUCAAUCGCGAAACACCAAAUGAAAAAAUUAGAGAACUUUUGACUGAAGCCGGCACUUUAGUGGACUUUAAAAUGGUCUGGGACAGAAAUACAGGACUAAGGACCUAUGGGUUUGCGCAGUACAAGGAUAUCGAAUCAGUGCAGAAAGCAAUAGAAACGCUGAACUCGCGUGAGUUUGAUAAACGAAAUCUUCGAGUCGCUACUAUUUCUCGGGGCCUCUUGAUGGAAAUUCCUGAUCCUGAGGCGCCCGCACCCAUGUCUGCCGAAGAACUCGCCAACCAAGAAGUGAAUUCGAUCUCUCCUGAACAAAUGUAUACCCUUCUUCUCCAGAUGAAAGAAGUUAUAUAUAAGAAUCCAGUUGAAGCUAGAAAAAUUCUGUUAGAUCAGCCUCAGCUCGCUUAUGCGUUACUACAAGCGCAGACUGCGAUGCGUAUUGUCCCUCCAGAUAAAGCGAUGAAAAUGAUACACCCAAGUGCUACCGAAGAAUCCCGUAGAGAAGCAAGAUAUCAGCCACGUCGUUACUUGACUCUUGAUGAUCUCAGCAAAUCAAAUAUGUCAGAAGAACUUCAGAGAGAAUUCUUAGAAGAAGCUGGAACGCCUCCUCCAGAGGAUCAGCCGACAGCAUCAUCCAUGUCAGCUGCUAGACUCGAUCAAGAUCCACGCGAGAGACCACAAGGAAGGCAGUUCAAUGAUACAUUGCAACCUAUUCCCGUGGUGAAGAGCGAGCCCGUUGAAGAUCCUGACGAGAAGAAUAGGCUGGUAAAUCAAGUGCUACAGCUCAGUCAACAGCAGAUCGAUAUGCUUCCGCCAGAGCAACGAAAAUCAGUCUUGCAACUCAAAGCGCAAAUUCAAGCACAAAAUCAGCAAAAAACGCUAAAUCGUGUAUUCCACUGA